UUUUGGAUGGAAAAAAUCACGGACGAUUUCCGUGAUCCCUGACUCCUCACUUUGCCUGUGAAUGUUGACUAUUUUUACCUCACGCAAGUUGCAUUGGUUGAAUAAGCAGUGCAAGCCGUGUUCAGUAAUAGCUAACUCUGCUAAAUGAAACAAUGGCAGGAGUUGCCGGUGGAAAUGAUUUUCAGUGGUGUUUCUCACAAGUGAAGGGAGCGAUAGAUGAAGAUGUUGCAGAAGCUGAUAUCAUCUCAACGGUUGAAUUCAACCAUUCUGGAGAGUUGCUAGCAACUGGAGACAAGGGAGGCAGAGUUGUCAUAUUUCAACAUGAACAGGAGUGUAAGAAUCGACCACACCUGCGAGGGGAAUACAACGUUUAUAGCACUUUUCAGAGUCACGAACCUGAAUUUGACUACUUGAAAAGUUUAGAAAUUGAGGAAAAAAUUAACAAAAUAAGAUGGUUACCCCAACAAAACUCAGCUCACUUUCUACUCUCAACAAAUGACAAAACGAUCAAAUUGUGGAAAAUCGGUGAACGAGACAAGCGGGCUGAGGGUUACAACUUGAAAGACGAAGACGGACGUCUCAGGGAUCCCUUUAGAAUUACCUCCCUCCGGGUACCAGUGCUGAUGCCCAUGGAUCUCAUGGUAGAAGCAAGUCCUCGUAGGGUGUUUGCCAACGCUCACACGUAUCAUAUUAAUUCAAUUUCUGUAAAUAGCGAUCAUCAAACGUACCUCUCUGCUGAUGAUCUAAGAAUUAAUCUAUGGCACUUGGAAAUCACAGACCGAAGUUUUAACAUUGUAGACAUCAAGCCUGCCAACAUGGAGGAACUGACAGAGGUGAUCACAGCGGCUGAGUGCCAUCCAAACCAAUGCAAUGUAUUUGUGUACAGCAGUAGCAAAGGCACCAUACGCCUCUGUGACAUGCGAACAGCAGCACUCUGCGAUAGGCACACCAAGUUCUUUGAGGAGCCUGAGGAUCCAAGCAGCAGGUCGUUUUUCUCUGAGAUCAUCUCGUCCAUCUCUGACGUGAAGUUCAGUCACAGCGGGCGCUACAUGAUGACACGGGACUACCUCUCCGUCAAGGUGUGGGACCUCAACAUGGAAAACAGGCCAGUCGAGACGUAUCAGGUUCACGAAUACCUUCGCAGCAAGCUUUGCUCGUUGUAUGAAAAUGAUUGCAUCUUCGACAAGUUUGAGUGCUGCUGGAACGGUAGCGACAGUGCCAUCAUGACCGGCUCCUACAACAACUUUUUCCGGAUGUUUGACCGGAACACCAGGAAGGACAUUACACUGGAGGCCUCCAGGGAGUGCAGCAAACCGCGGGCUACACUCAAACCCCGCAAAGUCUCCACCGGUGGCAAGAGGAAGAAAGAUGAAAUCAGCGUGGACAGCCUGGACUUCAACAAGAAGAUCCUGCACACCGCCUGGCACCCCAAAGAAAACGUCAUCGCUGUGGCGGCCACCAACAACCUGUACAUUUUCCAGGACAAGAUCAACUAAAAAAAGUAUUGGGCUCCAUCCUGAGGACAAGGCUUUACUGUUCCUGGAUAGUUAAGCCUAGUGGUUUAUCUGUAACAGAAACAAACAGCCCUCUCGUCCUCCUCCUCUUUUUGUUGUGGCAGGAGGUUGAUUGGUCGGCCUGUUUUCUUUUGAGUCAGGUUGAUUUAGUCUUGGGUGAAUCAGUGCCGGGGCCAAGAUCGGACCCUGAGAGCCCACCUUGCGUUGAAUCAAUGGAACGGCACACGCAAGAGGUCAAACUCUUGAACAUUGGUGUUUGUGUUGACAUUUUCAGCCUUCAUUUCAUAAUCUAACAACCGAACUAUGGAAAGCCCUGAAAAUGACCUCUUGUCAUUGUAACACCCUCAUUAAGAUUUUUGGGGCUUUCUGAAACAUGGAUAUUUCAUGCGUUAUAGGCCUACCUGUUAACAUUCCCCAUUGACCAUGCGUUCAGGCUAAAGCACUUGCAACAGGUCGUGAAUUUGGAAAGUGGACAUCUUCUUUUCUCCACCCACUCCCUCCUAUCCCCAAUUUAUCCCCCAGAAAUGGUAACGUUAUCUCACUGACUGUAUCUAUUCAAAUACACCUUUAUGGUGUCAUCCACUUAAUAAAAGUAAAUAGAACUACAGAUGUGUUUUAAAAUUGAAAUCAUGUUUAGAAUUGUUUGCAUGUUUUUAUGUUGUAGUGAGGUGGAAAAAAUGUAAAGUCGCACCGCGGUCUUUUGAGUAGUUCUUUCAAGCUAUCACUAAAAUAACUACUCUUAAGUUUCAGAAUCACCAUUUGAGACUGACCAUGUACAAGUGUCAAGAUAUGUAUUUAUGUGUUGCUCUCAUUUAAGAUACAGGCUGGAAACUUAAUGGGAAGAGACGCAAGACAAAGGGAUUCUGCAGCCUUAAUACCUACGUCUAUCAAUGACAGCUACCGGUUAUGUCCCCAAAUGUUUUACAAACCUUAUGUGCAUUAUUUUUUUAUUCUAUUUUAUAGAUUUGUCUCAUAUUACUGCUGCUAUUUGCGGCUGUCUGUGAAAACACAAGGUAUAUAAUAGUCAGAGGAAGAGUACUGCACAUCAUACUGAUAGAUCUAGUGAUAUACAGAGUUCCUCCAAAACAUGGAAAGUUUAUGGUUCUUUGUGUAGUAAGAGCAGGAGAUUCAGACAAACCUCUUCUUACAUGUGCCCUUUAAAUCAUUCAUUGGGAUGCCACUAAAGUCAAAACUGCAUACUUUGUUUUCCAAGUUCUAUCAAUGCAAAAAUGAUGGUUGAAUAGACCUGUACUGAUAUUAAAAACAGGAACACUGGUAAUAAAGCCUAUCUCUGUUUAAUCAUUCUUAACAUGGUGGCAGUGUAUUCACUUGUUUAAUUAUGUUGACCAAAGUUAAAUAAAAUCUAAUUGUAUUCAUCUGCAUUAUGCCUCCAUUACUUUAAAUGGGUGAGAAUAGUCCUGGAGCUAGAUGAUACUGUAGAUGUCUAUUCAAUAAGUUGCAGUAUUCAGAGAAAAUGAGGGAAUUCAUAUGAGUGCUCAAAAAAUACAAUGUAAGUAGCAAAGAUUAUUAUAUGAAUGACUUACUGAUCAUACAAAAAUUGGAGACAUCUUAUUUCACAGUGAUAUUGACCUAUAAUUUUCUUUAAAACUGCAUGCUAAUUACAUAACUUGGGAUGCUUUAAAACAAGCGCCACUGCAGAUGUGGUACCAGGCAAUUCUUUGGAGUACCUGAAAGUACCACUUCUUACCAUAUUCUGUACCAGAUAUAGUACCAGCUGACACUGUAAAAUAAAUUACCAAAUAAAAACA